AUGUACACGUUUGCCUGCAUCGGUGCGUGUGUGUGGAAUACAGAAAGUGUUUGCGAAGAGAUGUAUCCUCUCAUUGACGGUCUUGAUGUGUUUCGGAAGCAGCUUGCCGCGUAUCCCGGCGAGUUCAGCGAGCGGGGUGAAACGGUGGAUGGUGGCGGCCGCGUUCUCCUCCCUUCCUCGUGUCUGGCGGAGAUCUCCACCAUGAAUGUCGCCUACCCGCUCCAGUUUCGCAUUCGCUCUCGAAGUGGCGUCUGCUACGCCGGGGUGUUGGAGUUUAACGCCGACAAUGGCGUAGUCAUCAUGCCGCUGUGGAUGUUCUCUGCGCUGUUGCUUCAGCCCGGCGACACCGUCACGCUCGAGACGUGUGUGCUGCCGUCGGGAAAACUUGUCAAGCUCCGCCCGCAGCAGUCAAGCUUUAUUCAGCUCAGCGACCCCAGGCAAGUGCUGGAGAUGCAUCUUAGUCAAUACCCCGCCCUCACGAGAGGCACCUCCAUUGUGCUGCGCUACCUUGAUCGCGAAUUUAUAAUCGACGUGACCGAUAUUAGAGACGAGGCGGACUGCAGCGUCGAGGCUAUUUCGACUGUCCGCGCCGAUGCGCAGGCAACUGAAAUAAAAGUUGAGUUUGAACGGCCGCUGGAUAUGCCUUUGACACCGCCAGAGAGAGAGUUGCCGGUGCCAGAGGGCAGCAACGUGAUUGGUUCGGCUGAGGGUGUGGACUUUGCUCCCUUCGUGCUCGAGCCCCCAAAAAUUGUGAAGGAAAAGGAGACAACAGGCAGCGAGGCAGAGAAGCAAGAGGGGAAUGAGCAGGCCAAACCGGGCUUCGUCCCCUUCAUGGGUAGUGGGCGUCGCGUGAAUGACAAGCUCGUCGCUCCCGCCGCAUCUGCAGGGGAACGGCCGUGCGGAGAGAAAACGCCCGAGGAAAAGGCACGGGAGGCGCGGGAGGCGCGGGAGCGGCGGUUUCAAGCCUUUGGGGGAGCUGGACGCUCUCGGCGGUAA